GCACGCCCUUGUGUGCAACUCUUGCCCCGACGGCUCACAGGGACCGCACGGGCCGGGCAUCCGCUAGAUGCGACGCGCGCUGGCCGCGCAGGGAGAUUACUGGGAAGUUGGCUAUUAUUGCCCGCAGGGUCAGUGCCUUCCCUGGACCAACUACACCAGGUCCGCCUGCGCUGCAAAAGCGAACGACGCAGGCAAGGAGUGCUUUAGCAGCGACCUGUUGGAGGGCGCGGGUCCUGACGCGGAGGGCUCAUGCUGCCCGUGCGAAUUCAAUGAUCUGAAAAAAUGGCAAGGAAGCAACGCAUCGACCGUAUACCGGGUCGACCACCCUGGGAAGCCUGCGCGGGGGAGGCAGGAGCGGACAAGCUCUACUUCAGCUUCUGCCGCGAGAGCACCACCUGCACCAUCUGCGACCACAACGGGACCAUCGCGGGCUACACGAGCCGGUUCGACAAGCCCAACGACGGCAAGUGCUGCGACUAUGCGAGUAACAACGACACGGUCUGCGGGUUUGAGCAAACCACCGGCGGCUUCCUCAGCUCGACGGUCGGCUACGUCAGCCUCGCCGCCGCCGGCACCGUCGCCCUUCUCCUCGUCGCCGCCGUCGUCUACUGCCGCAUCAAGCGCAAGUGCUGCUUCGGUAGCGGCGGGGGCGCGUGUGACGUGGGCACUGGCGGCUCCGAGAGCUCUUGCGACCACAGCGAGAAGAGCAAGAAGCAGGCGGAGAUGGAGGCGGCGAGAGAGCGCGCGCGCCGUGCCGCGGGGAUGCCUCCCAGUGGCGAGGCGCCGCCGACGGCGAGCAUCGUGACGCCGACGCCGGCGCAAGACGACGGCCCGCCGUCGCCGCGGCCGCCGAGCAUGACGACGCCGGCGUGGGAGCAGCACGUCGGCGCGCUGGGCUCGCGGCGGGCGAUGGCGAGUCAGCUCGCCGAGAUGCUCAACUGCGACCUGGGGCAGGCGGAGGAGGCGAUCGAGGCUGCUGGCGGCGACGCGAACGAGGCGACCGAGCUCAUCCUUGGCGAGGGCAUCAUCCCGCCCGCAGGCCCCGCCACGGACGCCACGUCCAGCUGCUCGUCCACCACAAUCUCGUCGUCCGCCGCGGUGUCCUUCGCCGCCAAUUUCGACUCGGCGGGCGGCGGCGGCGUGUUCGAGCAGGCCGCGUGCGGCCGCCCGACGGUGAGACGCGCCGAGGCGGAGCCGGUGCUUGCAAAGGCGCAAACGUCGGGCGAGGACGUCGAGCGCAUCUGGUCCCUUUGCGUGGCGGCGCGCGGCCCCAGCUCCGACUCCCCGCCGCCCGACGAGCUCACGGCCGCAGAGUUUGGUGCCGCGCUCCACCUCGCCGCCGCGCUGUUCCGCGGGCUGCUCCCGGGGGGGCUGCCGAGCCGCAUGCCUCCCGGCCUGCUGCCGCCUGCGCCGCAGGAGGCGCCCUCUCAUGAGGCGACGGCGUUCGCAGCGUUUGACGGCGAUGUGGAGCCGGGCGGCUUUGGCGGGGGAGGCUUUGGUGGGGAGGGCUUUGAUGGCUUCGACGCGGCCGCGCCGGACGGCCUCGACGCGGCCCGCUUCGACGCAGCUGAGGCGGCGGGCGGCGUAUUCGAGGCGGGCGAGUGGGGCGGAGAGCCGAUCUCGAGUCCGACUGUGGACUCGGAGCCGCCUCUCACCUCCAACAGCCUCGCCACGCGCGCCGCGCGCGGCGGCGAGGCGUCGGAGGGGGGCGUGGCUCACGUGACGCCGACCGCUCCUCCCGUCUACCUCGGAAGGGUCCCGCCCACCCACCCGGCGCUGCAGCGGGCGCGCUCGUCUGGCGGGAGGAUGCCCCUAGGGAUGCCCGUGCCGGCGGUGCAGGAGGAUGAUCCUCAGUCGGUGCCGCCCGCCUCUCCGUCCGACUCGGCAGAGGAUGGUGACCUGGACUGGCUGGGCGUCUGACUUGGCGCCUGGCCUCUGACGGAGGGUGGCUCUUCAGUGAUACUCAAAUGUAGUCAUGUACGUGUCGUCCAUGUGUUAAAUUGGGGCGGACCCCCCAGCUAUACGUGUUUGGUACGCUGAUACCUGAUUCGCGCUGUGUUAC